AUGCAUUGCUAUUUGGGCGCAGCGUUGGCUUUGGCCGCUUCCUUCGCUUCGGCAUCGCCAACAGAACAGAUUGAGAAGCGCAACAUUGUCGACUCGGUCGCAGACGAGUAUGACUUUGUUGUUGUCGGAGGAGGCUUGGCAGGUCUCGUACUCGGCGGACGUCUAUCCGAAGAGAAGAGCUUCAGUGUCCUCGUACUCGAAGCGGGCAGCGAUGGCGACGAGUUCCGCACGCAGAUCGAUACUCCGGCGUACGCCUACUUCCAGUCGCUAUGGGGCACUGCCGCGGAUUGGAACUUCCAUACCGUUGCUCAGCCUCAGAUGAACGAUACAUCAAUGGAAUGGCCUCGAGGCAAAGUCCUCGGCGGCAGCUCCGCCAUCAAUGGAUUGUACCUCAUCCGCCCUACCGAAUACGAAAUCAACGCAUGGCAAGAGAUGCUGGGAGGCAUGGACGGUGCGGACAACUGGGGCUGGGAGUCGCUCGAUGCUGCCAUCAAGAAGAGUGAGACAUUUACUCCACCCUCCGCAGCCAUUGCCCAAGAGGCCGAUAUCACCUGGAAUGCCGCGAGCCAUGGUACCAGCGGGCCUAUCCACAACUCAUACCCUGGCUACACGUUCCCUUACAUUGCCGAUUUCAUGCAAUCCGCCGCAGAUGCUGGCGUGGUAGACACCAAUGAUGCUUAUGGAGGCUCGAAUGUCGGCGCGUUUGUCGCUACGUCGGCCAUCAACCCUGCCAACUGGACCCGUUCCUACAGUCGCACUGGUUACCUCGACCCACUUCCUCCGCGUUCCAACUACGACGUUCUGCCCAAUGCCUGGGUGACCAAGCUUCUGUUCAACAACGCGACCACGAACCUCACUGCUACUGGCGUUCAAUACACCAUGGACGGCGGCGCGACCUUCCAAUCGGUCAAAGUGAAAAAGGAAGUGAUUCUCGCGGGUGGAACGGUUGGCAGCCCUACCGUCCUGCAGUACAGCGGUGUUGGCCCUGCCAGUGUUCUUUCCGCUGCGGGUGUUCCUGUCGUCCUCGACCUUCCAGGUGUUGGACAGCAUCUCCAAGAUCACCUGAGCAUCGAAAUUCAGUUCAACACCAGCGAGCAAACUGACGGCGCAAUCUACGCCGCCGGCGGUGCGCCCGCAGCCAGCCCGGAGUUCUUGUCCUACGUGAACGAUGGUGUCGCAUAUGUCAACUCCACCGUCCUCUUCGGUUCGUCCGUGGUGGACUCCAUGCAACCCACCAUCGAGUCGUACAUGAACAACUAUGCGCCCGCAUACGUCAGCGACACCGUCACAGCCGGCUUCCAAGCUAUUUACGAGACGGUUUCCAAGAAGAUCUGGUCCAGCCCCGUGGGCCAAGUCGAGCUUCUGAUCGGCAACAACCUCAACGGAGCCAUCAACCUGGGUGCAUCCCUUCAACAUCCCCUCAGCCAAGGCAGCAUCAACAUCAACUCCUCCAACCCCAUGGACUACCCCGCCAUCAACCCCAACUACCUCAGCAACCCCAACGACGCUGCUGUGCUGGUGGCAGCCCUCCAACUCAUCCGCAGAAUCGCCACCACCGGUCCUCUUGCCGGCAUCAUGACCGAAGUUUGGCCAGGUUCCAGUGUGCAAAGCGCCGCCGAGUUGGACGAGUGGAUGCGCCCCAACUGCUUCACGGAGUACCAUCCCUCCUCCACCUGCGCCAUGCUGCCGCUCGACCAAGGCGGUGUUGUGGACGCAAACCUGCUCGUCUACGGCCUUUCCAAUGUUCGCGUCGCAGACGCCAGUGUACCGCCCAUCGACUUCUCCGCGCAUUUGAUGGCCUCGACGUACGGCAUCGCGGAGCAAGCGAGCGACAUCAUCAAGGCGCACUGGCUUACCAAGAAGGCGCCGGCUGCUGUCGCGUCGUCGCAUAGUAGCGGCGACUCGGCGAGCUCGUCGACAGCGCACAAGUCCGGGGGCGAGGCGCACCACGGAGGCUCCGCCAAGAGCGCGGGCGCAACUGCGAAGGCAUCGUUGGUGUCGGUCGUGGCGAGUCUGGCGGUCGUGGCGGGCUUCAUGUGCGGCUUCCCUUGA